UCUAGGCGCAUCGAAGAUGGCGACCGGAGGGUAGGGUCGGACCGCAGACGCUCACCGCAAGACAACCUCUUCCCCCCGGUGGAGACGGCCGUGGAGUAUCGGGGCGAGCCGCCCGCUCGGGUCGAGUCCGGGGUGAGUAGGCAGAGCCGCGUACGCGGAAAUCGCUUCGUUCCGAGUAUCACGUGUGCGGCACCUCUCACACCUGUCGGCGGCGGUGACGGCGACGGCGGGUAACUAACUAUCGGCUGGCGGCGCGCGAUCGACGAAAUCUCGCGCGAUCCCCUUCGCGGUCUUUCGAUCUGGUGGCGGGUUUCUCCGGUUUUCCGCUAAUUCAGGAUUCCGUCGGGGUGUGCAGUGGCUAAAAACACACUAACCCACAUAUAAUUCUCUCGUUCUUCAUUCGUGUCGGCGCCUAAAUAGCAAUUAACGCACGCGUAAUACGUAUUCACACGCUCGUCAACGUCUAGUCAGAGAGAUAGUGGAAAAAGAAAGAAGAAAUGAAUCGGCGAAAAAGGAAACCGUAACGUUCUGAUCGAGAUAAGGGUCACAUGCGAGAGACUGUAGCCAAGCCAAAGUGUGUAAAUAUAGAAACAAGAUAAGUAAGCUGAUUCAGAGGGAUCUCUCAACGGUCAUCCUCCUCGUUGGUGGUGAUAUCAUACCAAAGAAAGAAUUCGAUCCCUGUACCAAGUUCCUCCACAUUCCAACGAAAUCAACAUGUUCGAAAUAACGAGAUGUAGAAGCGAGCGAUCACUCGACUUUGAAUUUUGGAAAAUCAAUCGUGAAGCCUUCAUCGAUGUCGAAGAAUAAUUUAAACGAAAUAUAAGAAGGAUUUAAUCGUCAUCCAAGUAAUGCCAUUCGAUUGCUAAGAGAUUACGUUUGAGUGCGACGAAGUAAACGAAAGCGCAAAGGAAAUUACGUAGCUUUUUGAAAAACGAUCGGUGGAAGUAUCCGGCGAAAUGUGAAUCCGAAAUGUGAUAUCGACGACGCGACAGCACGAAAAUUGUGACGAGCUGGUUGAGUUCUCUGGUAACAUCGAUGCACUGUUGGCCGGGCGAGUCAGCGUUUCCAAUUUCAGCGACCACAGAGAGCGUGAGACAAAACGCGAGAAGAUUCCCCUUUGUUGAAAAACCUUUUCGCUAUUUAUCAUAGUCUUUGCACAAAAUCGAUAGCGUCGAAAGGGGACGUUGUUACUUACCGUAAACUGUUCAUUCGUUGCUACGUUAAGAGAGAGAAAAUGCUGUCGCAGCUAGAGGGAUGAAGUUCUCAAUGAAUUUCGUCGAUCUUCGAUGUAGGAAACUUUCUCUCUGUUAAACAAAUUUCAUAUGACAAUAUAAUUAAUACGAAAUAAAAGUAAUAACUUAUCGGAAAAAUUAAUAAUCGAUUGAUGAAGCUGAGAUACAUAGAAAAAAAAAAAAUACAUUAUUUGAAAAGGCAUAUGCUGUGGAGAUUCAAACGCCGCUUACACUUUAAAUUAAUGAGAACCAUAGGCAAGGCAGGCAGGACAAAUUACGUAAUACGUUUCGAACGUUCUAUUCGGAAUCAUCGAAACGAAUUAGCAUUGAAGUAAAACAAGCAAUGGUAACUGCUGCGUCCAGGCGAACAGGGUGAAAAAGGUGAGAGGUCGUAGACAGCAGGAAGGAAGGAAGGAAGGAAGGAAGGAAGGAAGGGAGGGUUGGUGAUAGUCCGUCUGGAAGAACGCGGACAGGGUGACGGUGUUGUAGAAGCGAGGGGGUACAGCAAGCAGCGGGGGAGGAAGAGAGGAAGAGGGAGCUCUGGUUAUCGUCGGGAGGGGUGUGCAUCGGGGCUGAUAUCGACCGAGGAUUGCGCUUGCGUGGAAAAAGGCACGAGCGCAUUCGCGCGGUCGUUCCGGGAGAGCAACGGCGCCCUCCGCGUCGAAAGAGGAAGAGCUCUCCCGUUCCCCGUCGUCAGUCGAUCGUCGCGUCGACGAGGAACGGGCCGACCAUCGUCAAUCGUCCAAGGAAGACUUCCGGUAUUCUUCUGGCAGAGCCGGUAGAGGCCGGGUGCACGACACGGAGAUUCCAACGCCCGCACUGGUCCGCACUUCCGGGAGCGAACUGCCCGGGCACGACCUCACGGAGAGCUCGACACCGCGUCGCGAAGAUCGUCAUCGUCGCCGGAGGACGGGGAAAAACCAGAGCGGUCGGUGUCCGAGGCGGAGGGGAGGCGUAAGCGAGGUAUAUAUCGGACGAUAAGAGCGCGAUAAGCGGGCCGCGCUUUAUAAACGCCUAUACGUGUGCGCACCUCUUCUCUCUCCUCUCCGCCUCUCUUGCUCUCUUGCUCUCUUGCUCUCUUGCUCUCUCUCCGACCUCGUCACGCUGAUAAAAGACGAAUCUAGAGUUUUCCUCGAGAGAGACCUCGUCACUACCAGUUCGGAACUGACGGUGUCCCGUGACGUUCAUUAGAGCAGUGCAACGAACGACUACUUAAUUUCCGGAUCCACUGGAUUUUCUCAAAGCUUUCGUUCCAUCGUUGAUAACGAUCGGGGUCACGGUUGCGUACCGUACGCCGUGUUCGAGAUGUGAAGCGACAUCGAUGCCUGGCGAUUCUGUUCAGUUUGAUUUGGAGAUGUGAAUCGUACAGGAAAAUAAAUUUACAGACUGAAUAAGUGCAAUCUAUAAAGAAUCUCGAACUAUAUAUUGCACGAUACAUUAUCAAAUUUCGUAUCUGAAUCCAUCAACUUGGGGGUAGUAACGCGUGCUUACAAGUGUGACCGGAGAAAGAAGCCAUGAUCGAUAUUAUCUUAAUGCAAGUGAUCAACACGUCGUACGAUAUGCAGAGAUAAUCAAAGUCGAGCGUCGAAAUCUCUCGAAGCGUUAUCGAUAAUUCCAUACUGCUUGGAUGAACGCACGACGCGAUGCAGCAGCAAACGAUCUCGCAUAAUAUAACCGGGCCCGAGCAGUCGCAAGAGGAAGUUCAGCUGACCGAAUUGCUGCCGGUAAAGCAAUCGCGUAUUAAAGAAAAUGUCUUCAAGAAUGCCGACGCGACCGACGCUUUGAAGGCGCUCAUGAGUCUCUCGGGCGAUUGCGACGAUAGCGAAAGCUUUGACCUGCAAGAGUUCAACUUCUACAAGAACAUCGAACAAUUUGACCACCAGAGCAGCAAGCAUCGACGAAUGGAUGGUCAACGGAAGAGAUCAAUGGAAAAGACUAGAAACGGUGCUAGAAACGUGGACUUAAAUAAAGAGAAAAAUAGCGAGAUGGCGGAGAAGAAAGUUCGUGAUGACAGAAAAAUCGCUCGCGCGAAAACGCUGAAGAGGAAGCUGGUGAAAUCGAGCAAGAAGAAAGAUGAGAGCAAUUAUGGAACGAAUGGGAAAUUAAGUAAGAGAGAAAUCGCUCGAUACGAUGACGAUGAUGACGAUGAACAAUUGUACUUGGACCUGGAAAAAAAAGAUUGCUUUAAGGACGAAGUUUACGUAUACAGACAGGAACCAUUGGAUUUGGCCUCGAGUUCGGAACCAGAGGAAUCAGAAGCGACCAGUCACAAGGAUCUUUGCAAGAAUUAUCUCACCACAGAUGGAAAAGGAAAAUUUGCUGACAAGGUCUCUGACAUAGAUGACAAGAACGAAAAAUGCAAGUCCAAGGCAGAUGAUGACAUUAUUGAUAAAGAAAAUCCCGAAAAAGAGCUCAGAUUAAAAAUGGACGCCAUCAUUCAAGCGAAUUAUUUGCUGGAGCACGAGAAAAAUGAUGUCGCUUCUAGCAAAGUUAAAGUUAUGGAAUUUAUCAGUACCUCCUCCACUGCCGCCUCGAUAAACGCAAAAAAUGACGACGGUUCUAUAAAUAAUUCGGCAGAACCAAAAAAGAAGAAGAGGAAGAAGCGAAUUGACCAAGCCAAACAGUUGAAGGACCAAGGGGAUCCUCAGGAGGAUCAAGAAAAUCCUCAGAAGGAACAAGAGAAUCUUCAGAAAGACGAAGAGAAUUCUGAGAAGACUUUCUGCUGUGUUGUAUGUGACGCGCGUUUUAAAGGCAGCGGUGGUCUACGGAAUCACUACAAGGUGGUGCACGGCGCCGGACCGCUGUACAAGUGCAACGAUUGCGGCAAGGAAUUCCCGCUUAAGGAACGCCUGAAGCUGCACGUGCGCACGCACACCGGUUUCAAGCCGUACAAGUGUCCGGAGUGCAACAAGAGCUUCGCGCGGGGCGGCCAGCUGGUGCAACAUCGUCGUACUCACAGCCAGGACAGACCGUAUCGUUGCAAACUGUGCUCCAACACCUUCACGUGCUCGGCCAAUUUGGUGUUACACCUGAAGCGCCACAACGGCCAGAAGGAUCACAAGUGUGAUCUGUGCGGACGCGGCUUUGUACGUCGCGACGCCCUGAAGAAGCAUCUGGAGUGCCUGCAUCGCGACGUCAAGUCGUUCAUCUGCGCGAUCUGUAAUAAGACUUUCAAGGGUCACCUACCACAGCACAUGAGGACACACGCGCGCGAUCGUCCGCACGGCUGUGCCACGUGUGGCCAGCGAUUCGCUCAGAAAUCUCAACUAACCGUGCACCAAAGGACCCAUUCCGGCCAGCGACCGUUUCGCUGUCUAGUCUGCUGGCAAGCUUUCGCCCAUUCGACCGCCUUGAAGCUACACACCCGACGUCACACUGGGGAACGGCCGUUCAAGUGUUCCGAGUGUAAUGCCGGCUUCACUCAACUGCCACAUUGGAAGAAGCACAUGAAAUGCAUACAUGGUAAAACUAAUCCAUACGGCUGUAAGCAUUGCAAAAGCUUUUUUAGGAUUAAGACCGACCUGGACAACCACGUGAAGACUUGUCACUCAGGGAUGGAGACGGAAGAUGACGAAGACGAUUACGUCUUUACUGGACCGGCUGGCGAUUCCGAGGUUGUCGAAAAGAUCACUGUUACCGCGAGAUAUAACCGGCUGACAGUGGGAAAGAUGCGAUUGCUGCUGGCUGUAUUGCUGAAGAGGAUCAGUAAACAGGAACGGUUAAGCGAGCUCGGCUUCGGCAAACGUCUUAUCGACGAGGUUCUUCAGGACUCUCUGGUGUCCGCUGGUAAGGAACCGGUGUAUCCGGGGAACGGUAUGUCCGAGCUUGAGGCUCUCACUCGGAAUCUAGAAAUCUUUCUAGAAUGGACGGUGCCGAAGGAACACUUGGAGAAAUUUCGUAAAAUGAAAAAGUCGCCCGGAGAAAUUCUGGAAACACUUACAGCUACGUAAACGCGUUCGUCUAUUAAAGAAAUAGCUUUAUUAUUUUCCUCGGUGUGAAGAUUAGAAGGAAGUGAGAUCAAAUCAAUAUAUAAUAUUGAUUAUGAAGUGAUGUCGCGCACAUUUGUAUGAAUAAUAGCAAGUUUUCUGUAUUUUUAGCCAAAAUUUGCAUCCAAAUUUAAUUAUUUUGUCAGAGUUCUCCUUUUUCUAAUAUUUCGAUUUUUUUACCCAACAUUGUACGUAGUUUUUUGUUUGUAAAUUUUUUUCUCCUUUACAUUUAUAAUUCAUGGUUUAUCGCAAACAUCUUUUAGUUGAGUGAAGUAGAAUGUUGGGCACUGCAACUCAAUCAUGAGAUGAUCUCUAUAUUCAUUACUCUUAAUAAUGAUAAAGACCAGUAACGAUUUUCAAAAGAAUUUUAGGAGACUAUUGAGCCAUUUAUAAUCGUCAAUCAAUCAAAGAUAAAACGGAGGUUUUCGUGUGAUAUCUAAUCUAUGAUAAUUAACGAAUAUUAAUUUCUCUAGUGCCAUGUGUCAUAAUAUACUUGCCAUAUUAAUCCAGUACACCGUAUGAUGUAAGGAAGCUAAGAAAAAGCUUUUAUUUUAUCGUAGCGUUAAGUCGCAUCGGAGUAGAAUGUAUUGUUGAAUUAAAUUAACAGAAGUUAGACACAUUUCUCGAAACGUUAGAAGCAAACCGCUGCGACUUCUUCGGCGAUUAAGCUAAAGGUAGAUCUCUUGCCAUAUUUGUUAAAACAUGCAUGUACAUUAGCAAGGUACACGACGGAGGAUCGUUUUAGCAUAUAUAUUAAUCGUAAGCACGACUGUACGUCAAUCAUAUACCAAAAAAAGGAAACUAGAAACGAGGCUAACACGAGUCAUUCGCAAUUACGUUCUUUCAUACGCAUUAUCGUUAUAUUAUCCUAUAUAUUUAUAAAGAUAUACAUCUAUUGCAUAUCUAUUAUCUAUAUACAUUUCUAAAUUGAAUAUUAUGAGAUUUUGUUAUAUAUAAAUGUGUUCACGGGCGCGUCCAAGAAACGGAAACAUAGUCUUGUGCGACGUUCCCAUUGUAGUUGAUACUAUUCGUUAUUUAUCCUCACUUAUACGUGCACUCGCGCGCAACUAGAGUUUGAGUAGCCGCAGAUGAAUAAACACGUCGGCAUGCCGUGACAUUGCCAUCAUUUUAGAUAGACAUAAGUAAAUGUGAGCAGACAAUAAUGAACGAAGGUUGCGAAUUUAAUAUAUAUAUAUAUAUAUAUAUAUAUAAUAUUAUAGUCAUUGAGAGAAAAAGAUAUAUCCAUAUACACACACAUAUACAUAUAUAUACAUACAUACAUACAUAUAUAUAUAUAUGUAUGUAUGUAUGUAUGUAUGUAUAUAUACACACAUAUAUACUUAUAUACAUAUAUUGGUAUUAGAUGAACAUAUGCUGAUGGUCCCGAGUGGAAAGGAACAUAGUAUCUUUUCUCGUGGAUUCUAAAAAAGUCAAAUCAGAAAAGUGCAAUUUAUUUCCUUUUUGAUGAAGCAAAGUAGAUUUUUAUUUAAUAUAAAUUUAUCAUUAAAAUACAGGUACUUGAUACAUAUAAUUCUGCCUAUGAACGAAAAUGCUCUUUUUAUUAAUGAAUAAAAUAAAAAUUGACUCGGUAUUCCUAGAAUUGAGUAACACCAAUUCAAAUAUAACGCAAAGUUCCUUUCCUCGAUGUACCAUGAGGAUAUUUUUCAAUCGUGCGUUCGAAUAAAAAUAGUCAAAAAUACUGCUGUAGGAGGUGCUAUUUUAUGCGAUGUAAUUGUUUGCAAUAUUUGAAGUUGUUCGAAGAGAGAUUCAUUUUUUGAGCUUUCUUUUCGGCACGCAGGGAUGAUCGAGAUGUUAUCGAAUCCAAAGACUUUGUUACUUUCAUUGCCAAAUAUUAUAUUGUGUAUUAUAUUGUGUACCGUUAUGUUUUAUAUGAUUUCAAUUUUAUUAUUAGCAGACAUCUUAAGAUAUAUCGUAUUUUGCGUCGCGCGUUCGAGGUAGAGGAAAGGGAGCAGCGUGUAUUCAUGCGUGUGACGCACCUUAAUGUAUUAACAUGAGCCCGAAUGUAUGGCGCAUGCAGUGACUUAGUGUUUUCAAAUUUAUUCGGAAGAUUAAAAUCUACGCUUCAGUUCAUGCGGAUGCAAAUGCGGAUCGCGGAGUGCAUUUUGAAUAUAGAUCGAGGUCGAGGAGGAGAGCCAUUUCAAAUGUUCGGCAGGAAGUGUAGUUUUCCAUAUUUCCUCGACGAAGCCCACUAGCUCUUCAAUGGUUUUGAGUUACGGUGCCAAAGCAAAUAAAUAGCGCUUGCGAGAUGAUUGCAUUCAGUAGAAAAAGAGUGAUCUAUGUUUUUCGCAAAUUUUAUUUUUUUUCCCGUAAGAUCACGUAAUUCAUAUUCGAAUCAUAUAUUUUUUUUCUUUUCAGCAUAACGAGAUCGAGAUGCUAUUUAUUGUUUUUCAUUAGUGCCAUACUAUAAACAUAGUCAUAUUUGUACAUUAAUAUAUUGUACUAUUUGUGGGAGACUAUUUGAAUAAACAUGUUUCUUUA